AUGAAGAAACCGGUGUCUUUGCAAGUAUGUUCAACUUUCACCAGGCUUCUCAAAGUAUUGGCUCCUCCUGCUCCUGCACUUCCAACUUCAAUAUCUCGAAGAUUAAUGGCUUCCAACUCCAGCACUGACAUGGCCAUGGCCAAGAACAUCUCCUCCAUCUCCUUUCCUAACUACGAUGAUCCCUGUCAUGAUCUGUAUUUCCAUGUGACGUCGCCAGACUGGUGCAGCACCGAUUGGCUUUUCCACGUGACACCACCAGAGCCAACCUAUGAAGAAACCAUGAAAAAGCUGCAGAAGAAGCAGGCCUCCAUUAACUAUCUGAAGCAACUGCUGCCUGUGGCGUGGUCCCACAAUCUGCUAACCACCCUCAAACUCAUCUUUAAUCUCAAUUCUGCCUCUGUUCAAACCGGAAAACAUUAUCCGGAGGCCUUCUACACGGCCGCAUUUUGGCUCCACCACAAUCACCCCAAGACGCUAUUAUGCAAUGUUCCCUCCUUUGCCAGCUCUGGCUUGUUAGCUCGUUUGUGGGACCUUGUCAAGAUUCUCUACGGCCUUCUUCUACAACAAGGCCAAGACACUGCGGCGCAGAGGCUUCACCGUGACCGGGGCUAUAAGUUAUUACAUGACCGCGUUAUGGACCUCUUGGCGGGGCAGUUGAAGUCUGAUAUUGACAAAUUGAAGCAACACAGGCUAAGGAUGGAAUCGGAAUUGAAACCGCCAUCCGAAGAUGAUGAUAAAGAAGAUUGUACUACUCUUUUUGUUGCCGGGGCUGCAGCCUGUUGCACUCCCAACAACAGCGAAGACGACCACACCAGACGCGCCAUUUUGCUGUUUGAAAGCCUUGGGAGUAGACUUUUCCCGCCAGAGUUGAAUCAAUCAGAAGAGUGGGAACUCCUUAGAAAGGAGUUUUUGGAGCCCUUGGACGAGCAUCGUAGACGAGUGUAUUUCAUUCGGAAGCCCUGUGUGGUUAAGAAGUAUUUGGAGGAGGUGAAAGCAGGCGGCAGCAGCAUCAUAAAGCCGAAUGCUUUGCUUCCAAAUGAUAUCAUAAGGUAUGUAAAAGAUAAGGAUGUCGGCGAAGCAGCGGAGCUUCAGUGGAAGGCAAUGGUGGAGGACAUGUACCUAAAGCAAAAGCAGGGGAAGUAG